GAUUAUUAAACCAGUCAAGCUGGUUUGAGUGAAAGUUAAUAUCCAUUUUGCAAUGAAAGAACUGUCAAAGGCUUCUGGACAAAAACACAAAAAUUAAAAGUGCUGAUCCUGAUUCCUGCCUGAGUGUCUGUUGUCUUCAUGUAUACCGGCGUCCUUCUUAAGUCUGCUACAUGAAACUGGUGCCGUGACCCGGAUCUAUUGGUCAGCCCCUGCCGAUCGCCGAGGUUCAACUGUGUGCAACGUGACUUCUGGGAUGCCAAGUUGGUCGACUUGUGGAUCCUCAUAGUUGCUUAAGUGAACGCUGGUCCCACGACUGCCAGUGGAUGUUAUGUUUCACAACAUCCAAAAAGACGAUGACAUCACAGACUAUGAUAGCUAUGUCAGGAGGAUGAGCGAUGACCUCAGAGAAACUCUAGCUGCAGCUGAAGUCAACACAAAUCUCAGUCAGCAGUGCCAGGCAGAUCUGUACAACAGAGGGAUCAAAGGUGCAGACAUCGAAGAGGGAGAUUGGGUCCUUUUGGCUAACAGGUUUACAAGUGUAAUCUGAAGGACGAGACCUGACCUCCAAAAUGAACAUUUCUGGGGAACAGGACAUAAAGAAAGACAAGAGUCUGAUUCAGGGUAAGAGAUCAGAUUCACCUGAACCCAGCUGUGUGUCCAUGAAGAGUGACUGGUCAAUAGAGCUUCCCAUAGGGUUCAGAGACACAGACUGUGCUCCUGAUCUGAGCCCACAGAAGAACACAUCAAAAAUCACUGAGAAGAGUCAUUUGGAGGCCAUAUUCAAGAAUCUAGAGUACAAAGUCAUCACUGUGAUAAAGAAAGAGCUGAAGAGAUUUAAGAAGCUCCUGAGUCCAGAUUCCCCAGCAUGCUCUGAGAGGGAGGUGGAGGAUGAGGAGGAUCAGAGCAGUGUCAGAGAGGGAGUGCUGAAGAUCACACUGCACUUCCUGAAGAGCAUGAACCACACAUAUCUCGCUCACACACUGCACAACAAGCACGUCUCCAUGUAUCAGCAAAAACUCAAAUCCAAACUGAGAGAGAAGUUUCAAAGAAUUAAUGAAGGAAUCUCACAGCAUGGAAGCUCAGCUCUUCUGAAUGAGAUCUACACAGAGCUCUACAUCACAGAGGGUUGGAGUGGAGACAUCAAUAAUGAACAUGAGGUGAGACAGAUUGAGACAGCAUCCAGGAGACCAGCAACACAGGAGACACUCAUCAAAUGUAAUGAUCUCUUUAAAGACACGUCCAUCAGAAGUGUGCUGACUAAAGGAGUUGCUGGAAUUGGAAAAACAGUCUCUGUGCAGAAGUUCAUUCUGGACUGGACUGAAGGAAAAGCAAAUCAGGAUGUCACCUUCAUGUUCCCACUUCCCUUUAGAGAGCUGAAUCUGAUGAAGCAGGAAAAUCUCAGUCUGAUGAAUCUUCUUCAUCACUUUUUCCCAGAAAUGAAAGAAUUACAGUUAAUAAACUGUGAUCUUAACAAAGUGGUGUUGAUCUUUGAUGGUCUGGAUGAGUGUCGACUUCCUCUAAAUUUCCAGAACAAUGAGAGAUUGUGUGAUGUGACAGAGUUGGCUUCAGUGGAUGUGCUGCUGACAAACCUCAUCAAGGGGAAUCUGCUUCCCUCUGCUCUCCUCUGGAUAACCUCUCGACCAGGAGCAGCCAAUCAGAUCCCUCCUGAGUGUGUAGGCCAGGUAACAGAGGUACGAGGGUUCAGUGAUCCUCAGAAAGAGGAGUACUUCAGGAAGAGAAUCAGUGAUCAGAGUCUGGCCAAUAAAAUCAUCACACACAUGAAGACUUCAAGAAGCCUCUACAUCAUGUGCCACAUCCCAGUCUUCUGCUGGAUCUCAGCCACUGUUCUCGAGAGAAUGUUGGGUGAAGCAGAGAGUGGAGAGAUCCCCAAGACUCUGACUCAAAUGUUCACACACUUCCUGAUCUUUCAGAUCAAACACAAGGAGCAAAAGUACCAUCAGAAAUGUGAGCCUGAUCCUCAGCAGAUCAGAGAGAGUAUCCUGGCACUGGGAAAACUGGCUUUCCAACAGCUGGAGAAAGGAAACCUGAUCUUCUAUGAGGACGACCUGAGAGAGUGUGGCAUUGAUGUGAGAGAAGUGUCAGUGUACUCAGGAGUGUGUACCCAAAUAUUCAGAGAGGAGUUUGGGCUUCACCUGGGGAAGGUGUUCAGCUUCGUACAUCUGAGUGUUCAGGAGUUUCUGGCUGCUUUAUAUGAAUUUCUCACCUUCGUCAAGAACAAUCUGAGAACACAACAAAUGUGGUCUGGUCUUUUUAAUAGAUCAAACCUGUCUGAUUUCCUCAGGAGUGCAGUGAACAAGGCCUUACAGAGUGAGAAUGGACACCUGGACCUGUUCCUCCGCUUCCUUCUGGGUCUCUCACUGGAGUCCAGUCAGACUCUCUUACGAGACCUACUGCCCCAGACAGGAAGUAGCUCUCACAGCAAACAGGACACAGUCGAGUACAUCAAGGAGAAGAUCAGGGAGAAUCCAUCUCCAGAGAAAUCCAUCAAUCUGUUCCACUGUCUGAAUGAACUGAAUGAUCAUUCAUUAGUGCAAGAAGUACAGGGUUACCUGAACAGAGGAGAUUCCAGUCGUCUCAGUGGAGUCAGUCUCUCUCCUGCUCAGUGGUCAGCUCUGGUGUUUGUGUUACUGAACUCAGAACAGGAGCUGGAUGAGUUUAGUUUGAGUAAAUAUGACCCAUCAGAUGAAUGUCUUCUGAAGCUGCUGCCAGUGGUCAAGGAAUCCAGAAAAGCUGAUCUGUGUUGGUGUAACCUGACAGAGGAAAGCUGUAGAGUUCUGUCCUCAGUUCUCAGCUCAAACUCCUCCAGACUGAGAGAACUGAACCUGAGUAUCAAUAACCUGCAGGAUUCAGGAGUGAAGCUGCUCUCUGCUGGACUGGAGAAUCCACACUGUACACUGGAGAAACUGAGUCUGUGUCGGUGUAAUCUGACAGAGGAAAGCUGUAGAGUUCUGUCCUCAGUUCUCAGCUCAAACUCCUCCAGACUGAGAGAACUGGAUCUGAGUUACAAUAACCUGCAGGAUUCAGGAGUGAAGCUGCUCUCUGCUGGACUGGAGAAUCCACACUGUACACUGGAGAAACUGAGGUUGUGUAACUGCAGUAUUACAGGUGAAGGUUGUGCUGCUCUGGUUUCAGCUCUGAGGUCAAAUCCCUCAUCACACCUGAGAGAACUGAAUCUGAACUACAAUAAUCCAGGAGAAUCAGGAGUGAAGCUGCUCUCUGAUCUACUGAAGGAUCCACACUGUACACUGGAGACACUACACAUUGAAAUCUGAAUCAUUCACAUUCAGAUGUAGAAGAUUCACAACAAUAACUGUGACUGAUCACAUCCUUUAUCAACUCAGCUCCACGUUACUUCAGACUGGAAUAAUUUAUUUCCUCAUAUAUUUAAUGUAUUUAUGCCAGGUGUUGAGGAGCUAAACAUGGUUUUACAGCUGUCAUAGUGAUUCAGUGGUUUUUGUCUUCAAUUUACAUAAUUUUAAAAACAGCAACUGAAAACCUUCUUGUACAUUUACUGGAAAGUCAUUCCAUACAAUUAUGUAUAUAUGAUGAUGAAUUUAUCUCCAGCAUGUGUAAUACAAAAUAAAU